AUGCGCACCGCCGCCCAAGGGUUUUACCUGGCCGUGUUCUCACUGCUAGGUGGCCCACAUGCUGCAAGCCAUGCUGCCCCCUCACAUGCCAACAGUCCUCCAGCAAAUGUCUGCAAUCUAGAGCCGGGAGCCAUUGUCUCGGAUGCUUGCGCAAGCUAUAGUACCCUCGAGCAGCUGAAUGAAGCCAUACAUCCCUACCUACACUCGAUUACGCAGAAUACCGACUUCUUUUCGCAUUACCGCUUGAGCUUGUACAGCAAGAAAUGCCCCUUUUGGGAGGAUGAAAACGGCAUAUGCGGGAACGUGGCCUGCGCUGUGAAUACCCUGGAAAACGAAGAAGAUAUACCAUUGGUGUGGCGUGCAAAGGAACUGGGCAAACUCGAAGGCCCCACUGCCGAGCAUCCGGGCAAAAAGCAGCAGCGGGAGGAGAGGAAGCGGCCACUGCAUGGAAGUCUGGGCGAGAAUGUCGACGAAAGCUGUGUGGUCGAGUACGAUGACGAAUGUGACGAACGCGAUUACUGCGUACCCGACGAUGAGACGGCGACGGUCAAGGGAGACUAUGUGUCGCUGGUGGACAACCCAGAACGGUUUACGGGCUAUGCUGGUGUUGGUGCUCAGCAGGUUUGGGAGGCCAUAUACCGCGAGAAUUGCUUUAGCAAACCGCCAAAAGUUUCGGCAGAGACUGGCAGCUCUUCGCCCGGCGGAUCGUCAUUUGGUGCUUUUGGUAACCAGCAGCAGAUGCAUGCGGCGAACCAAUUGCGAAAUGUCUUCAAGGAACAGGGCAUGCAGCAAAAGGUCCAAUCAGCCAUUGCUCAUGGUAGUCCAGUGGAGCGACUGGAUCCUGUCGAGUUUGACGAUACCUGUCUGGAGAAGCGCGUCUUCCACCGAGUCAUCUCUGGAAUGCACGCAUCCAUUUCGACGCAUCUUUGCUGGGACUACCUGAACCAGACGACGGGCCAGUGGGGGCCGAACCUGGCUUGCUACGAACAGCGACUUCACAACUAUCCAGAGCGCAUUUCCAACAUCUACUUCAACUACGCGCUUGUCAUGCGCGCAGUCGGCAAGAUCAAGCAGCACAUCUCCGACUACUCCUUUUGCUCUGAAGAUCCCGAGCAAGACGAGCGCACAAAGAAGUCUGUCCUCCGCCUCGCCUCUGCCCUGCCCUCUGGUCCCGAGAUAUUCGAUGAGACGGUCAUGUUCCAGGACCCCGACGCCAUCUCGCUCAAGGAAGACUUUCGCAACCGAUUUCGAAAUGUGAGUCGCAUCAUGGACUGCGUGGGCUGCGACAAGUGCCGGCUGUGGGGCAAACUGCAAACCAACGGCUACGGCACGGCGCUCAAGGUCCUAUUUGAAUUCGACGAACACGACUCUUCCAAGGACCCGCCCCUCCGCCGCACCGAACUCGUCGCCCUCAUCAACACCAUGGACCGCCUCUCGCACUCGCUCGCCGCCAUCAAGGAAUUUCGCCGCAUGAUUGACGAGCGCGAAGGCGUGCAGACUGCCGGCGCGCCGACGGUCCCGGAGCCGGACAAGGAGGUGCUCAAGACGAAGCUCGCACUCGAGGAUUUCGACCAGUCCGCGUCUACGGACGCGCCCGCCGGGGUUGCGAAGCCGGACGAGGACGGGAAGGAAGAAGACGGGGAGGCGAGGCCGGAGUUUGGCCGGACUUGGAAUCCGGAGAAUAUGACGGUUUGGGAGGAGGUUGUCGAGGAGUUUUUGCUGGUCAAGCGGGUGUUUUUGUAUGUCUUGAAUCAGUGGGUGCAGAUUCCGGGGAGAUUUUUUAAAAUCUUCGUCUUUGAGCUGGGUAGGCUGUAUAAUUGGUGGCUCGGCAUGACGCCCGGGCCGCGCAGUUGGAAGGUGUAUAUACCGAGGCGGGAGGAGUUGUGA